AUAAAUAUAUUUGGCAUCUUUGUCUUCAUGCCUCAUUGCCACAUUGCCUCAUCAAAUAAACACACCACAAUUGAAGUUGUGAUCAACAGAGAGAAAAUGAUUAGCAGCCGCUGGAACAGAUUCUUCUGUGGGUUGGUGUUUCUUUGCUUUGGGUUUCUUGGCUUAAUCACUUCUCCAGCAGAAGCUGCCAUAAAAAAAUACCAAUUUGAUGUCCAAGUGAAGAAUGUGAGUAGAUUAUGCCAUGCAAAAUCCAUUGUUACUGUAAAUGGUAGGUUUCCGGGGCCGACCAUCUAUGUCAGGGAAGGAGACAGAGUUGUCGUCAAUGUUACAAACCAUGCUCAAUACAACAUGUCAAUUCACUGGCAUGGACUGAAGCAAUAUCGAAACGGUUGGGCAGAUGGACCGGCUUAUAUAACACAAUGUCCAAUUCAGACCGGAAGCAGCUAUACUUAUGACUUCAAUGUAACAGGGCAAAGAGGAACUCUAUGGUGGCAUGCACACAUUCUUUGGUUGAGGGCCACCGUCUAUGGUGCAAUUGUUAUCAUGCCUAAACAAGGGACCCCAUUUCCUUUCCCACAACCACACAGGGAAGCUGAAAUUAUACUUGGAGAAUGGUGGAAUGUCGAUGUGGAAGAGUUUGUCAAGAAAGCAAACAACUUGGGAUUGGCACCAAACACCUCUGACGCGCACACAAUCAAUGGGAAGCCAGGGCCUUUGUUUCCUUGCUCUGAGAAACAUACUUUUGUUAUGGAGGUUGAGCAAGGGAAGACCUAUCUACUGAGAAUUAUCAAUGCUGCUCUCAAUGAUGAACUUUUCUUCGCCAUUGCCGGUCACAACCUAACAGUGGUGGAGGUUGAUGCAGUGUACACAAAACCAUUCACUACUCAAGCCAUACUAAUUGCACCUGGUCAGACCACAAACGUUUUGGUACAAGCCGCUCAAGCUUCAGGCAGAUACUUCAUGGCUACUAGGCCUUUCAUGGAUGCUCCAGUUCCCAUAGACAACAAGGCAGCCACAGGAAUAUUCCAAUACAGAGGCAUCCCCAACACUGUUCUACCAAGCCUUCCUCAACUGCCUGUCUCUAAUGACACAUCCUUUGCUUUAAGCUACGGCAAGAAACUCAAGAGCUUAAACACUCCAAAUUUUCCAGCAAAUGUUCCUCUCAAAGUUGACAGAAAGCUCUUCUACACAAUUGGUUUUGGAAAGGAAUCCUGCCCAACUUGCCUUAAUGGAACAAGAUUUGUUGCUUCCUUGAACAAUAUCUCUUUUGAGAUGCCUCAGGUUGGGCUUCUACAAGCCCAUUACUUCAAUCUCAAGGGAGUAUUCAAAACUGACUUCCCUGAUAGCCCACAAACUCCUUUCAAUUAUACCGGUGCACCACUUACAGCCAAUCUUGGGACUUCCACAGGGACUAGGCUGAGCAAGAUUGCCUUCAACUCUACUGUUGAGCUGGUGUUGCAGGACACCAACCUUCUAACAGUUGAGACACAUCCAUUCCAUCUCCAUGGAUACAAUUUCUUUGUUGUUGGAACUGGGAUUGGGAAUUUUGAUCCUGCCAAGGACCCUGCUAAAUACAACUUGGUUGAUCCUGUUGAGAGAAAUACAGUAGGAGUUCCCACAGGUGGUUGGACUGCCAUUCGUUUUAGAGCUGAUAAUCCAGGCGUUUGGUUCAUGCACUGUCAUCUGGAGCUUCAUACAGGCUGGGGACUGAAAACAGCAUUCGUGGUAGAAGAUGGACCAGGAUCAGAUCAAUCUGUUCUGCCUGUGCCUAAGGAUCUUCCGCCAUGCUGAUGACGCAUGGACUGUGUUCGUAUCAAUCUGGUUUAAGUUGGACAAUAGCCUACUUACACUUCUUGCAAAAGUUGCAGAAGGUUUCUUGAGGAUUACAAACUGUUAUCAAAGUUAAAAAGAAUCAAUUUGUGUUAGACUGGAAAUGUAACAAAUUACACCAUACUAAUAUUCUGUGUAAUAAUUGUUUCCUUUCAUCAUAUUCCUUCUGAUUGAUACUGGAAUUUGGUGUGUCUGUUGUGUUUGGUUGGGUUUGGCUCCCCUUUGGGCCUUUGCGGGUUGGCUUUUAUGAUAUCUUUGUUGACCCAAAAAAAA